AUGUUCGAGGACAACACCCUCGGCUGCGAUGUCCAGCUUGUACAAAUUCAUUUCACUAUGAUCAAAGGGCUGGAUACCCUGAGUGAAGAUCCUAUCAUAAACCACCAAAACCGCCGAGCCUUUGCUUUACCUACUCCUGCUGCUGCCACCCGAGGUUCGAGAGAAUACCUGUUAAAUAACCUGCCUUGCCUUCAGGAUUUUCAAGCUUCGCUGGGCGUGGACAGUAAGUCUCUGCCUUUAUCUAAAGGCCAAAAGAUCAACAAACUUCACACUCUGGCGAUGACAGUAACUCGAAACCUCGAAUGUGAUCGGGGCGGUUUGGAGCGCGUACUUAUUGACUCCGCUCUACCGGGGCUGGGCUCCAUGAGAGCUACCUUUUUGCCUGGUUGCUCCGCAUACACUCUUGAGCUACUUCUCGAUUGGCUCAGCAAUGUCGAACAACCUACAGGACAGCCGACUCCGGCUCAUCCCACCCAGGCAUUGGAGGCUGAGGCACUGACUAUGCCUGCGCUCACCCCUCCCAUCCGCCUCAUACUAUUUGAGGUCCGCAUCGCCGGCAGUUGCCGGGGCGGCGAGACCUCAUCAAUGUUCCAUGUAGGUCUUAUUCCGGUUUUCGCGCCGUCUUUCCAAAUUCCUGCAUGCCUGAUCGAGAACUGCCUUUCUUGUCUUAUCUUUGGAUAUCCUCGACUUGCGGAUGUAUCUCAAUCAUGUUCUGUCAUGGCUGUGACCAGCUUUAUCAUUUACCUCAUCAACUGCUUCAAACACUCUGGGACUUGCCUUCUUUCCUUCGUGGAUCGAUUCAAUCUGUGGCAUAUCCCUAUUUUUGGAAAGCGGAGACCAACACGACCGAUUACUCACCGCGAUAUCUUAUCCUUUUGGAGUGGAUAUAGUGGUCCAUAUCUUCUGGCCUACACUCUUUUCGCGUACACUCUUGAAAUUGGCACCAAUGAAGUGCAGGAAAAUGGUUGUCUAUUAUGA